AAUUUUCGUUUGCUUCACUUCGGCUUAUCUUCUGAUCCAAGAUCUCGACUAUCUUUCUCGACAGAGAUCGUACAUCUGCGUAUCAUUCUCCGUGAAGUCAAGGAGUCCUCGAAAAAAUAUCAUUAAAAUGGCCGAAAUACACGAUCAGUUCGAUACCAUUCUUAUCCUUGAUUUUGGUUCGCAGUACAGUCACCUCAUAACAAGGAGAUGCCGCGAGUUGAACGUGUAUGCUGAGCUUAUGCCGUGCACAACAAAGCUGUCAGAUCUCAAAUUCAAGCCCAAAGGAAUCAUCCUCUCUGGAUCUCCAUACUCCGUGUACGACGACGAUGCACCUCACGCGGAUCCGGGUAUCUACACCCUGGGUGUCCCUAUCCUUGGUAUCUGCUAUGGCCUCCAGGAGCUCUGCUGGAAUCACAGCGGUCAAGUGGCAAAAUGCGAUCAUCGCGAAUACGGGCUUGCAGAGGUGCAGAUCAGCAGGUUCGGCGAAUCGGGAAACACUGUCGAUGCCCUGUUCGAAGGACUCGGCGAUCAGAUGCAGGUCUGGAUGUCACACGGCGAUCAACUGUCCGUCAUGCCUCCUGACUUCCAUGUGAUUGGACGGACGAGCACCGCUCCCUACGCCGCCAUUGCACACAACUCCAAGGCAUUCUACGGCAUCCAGUUCCAUCCAGAGGUGACGCAUUCUCCACAAGGAAGACAGCUCAUUGGUCGAUUUGUGUUGAAUAUAUGUCAAUGCCAAACGAACUGGACGAUGGAGGAAUUCAUUGGCAAGGAAAUCGCUCGCAUCCGCGAGAUAUGUGGCCCGAAAGGACGUGUCAUCGGCGCGGUCAGUGGUGGCGUCGACAGCACUGUCGCAGCCAAGUUGAUGCACGAGGCAAUCGGCGACAGGUUUCACGCCAUCAUGGUGGACAACGGCGUGCUUCGUCUUAAUGAAGCACAGCAAGUCAAUGACAUGCUGAAUAAAGAUCUAGGCGUCAACCUGACCGUAGUGGAUGCUUCUGAACUCUUCCUCUCGCGGCUAGAUGGUGUUGAAGACCCGGAGCAGAAACGUAAGAUUAUUGGGAACACAUUCAUCAACGUCUUCGAGGCAGAAGCAGCUAAGAUCGAGGAAGCUGCCGAGAAGGAGGAGAAGAAUGGCGCCGAAGCCAAGGGAAAGAUCGAAUGGCUAUUGCAAGGUACCCUCUACCCGGACGUUAUCGAGAGCAUCAGCUUUAAGGGCCCUAGCGCGACCAUAAAGACACACCACAAUGUCGGUGGGCUUCUCAAGGACAUGAAAUUGAAGUUGAUCGAACCCCUUCGCGAGCUCUUCAAAGAUGAAGUCCGUGCACUUGGGAGACUCUUGUCGAUACCCGCACCUUUAGUUCAACGUCACCCUUUCCCAGGUCCUGGUCUGGCUAUCCGGAUCUUGGGUCCUGUAACACGCGAGCAGGUGAAGAUCCUGCAGCAAGCGGAUCAUAUAUUCAUCGAGGAGAUUCGCAAGGCGAAUCUCUACAAUCAAAUCAGCCAGGCUUUUGCUGUCUUGCUCCCUGUGAAGGCUGUUGGCGUAAUGGGCGACAAACGCACAUACGAACAGGUGAUUGCCCUAAGAGCGGUGACAUCGGAAGACUUCAUGACUGCAGAUUGGUACAUGUUCCCUCCCGAAGUCUUGCGUCGGAUAUCUUCUCGCAUCACGAACGAGGUAAACGGAAUUAAUCGUGUUACUUAUGAUAUAUCCUCCAAGCCUCCUGCUACUGUGGAGUGGCUCUGAUUAUUACCAACGAGACGAUUGUGACAUACCACUGAUCUACAGUACAUACAUAGAAUGCUAGAUAGGGUUAAAACUUAUGAAGACAAGUCUACAAGGCCUGGGCGUUAAUGGGUGAGAAAUCAGAUAUCAAUUACUAUAUUUUGAUGUCAUUUUGUCG